UCCCUCCUUUUCCAUUUGUUUUGUUCCAACAAUUGAAAGCCACCCAAAUCAAGAAAUGGCCUCCCUCUUCCAGCUCUUCAUCCUCCUCUUCGCAGCAGCCCUGACUGUGUCAGCUGCCUCCGCCCCAAACAUCACCAGCCUCGUCGACAAACUUCCCCCUUGCUCGCUCAAUUGUAUCAUCGACGGCGUCACGAACGAUGGCUGUGCCGUUAGCGACCUCGCCUGCGGAUGCUCCAAGAUCAACGACCUCACAAAGACUGUCUCGCCGUGCAUGGCGAAAGCUGGCUGCACGCUUGACGAAAUGACUCAGGCUGCUGGAGCUGUCGUGCAACUCUGCGAAUCUGCCGGUCUCAUCGCAAACACCACCACAAGUGACACGACUUCGACCACGGGAGCAGCAUCAGCAGCGACUAGCAAGUCCGACGCGGGACGAUUCUCACGAGAGCUCGGAUUCGCAUACGCUGCCGUUGGCGUAUUGGUGGCCGUGGUUGUUCUGUAAAGCGAAAAGGGGUUUCGCCAUGGGUAUUUCUUUGGACUUGGUUAGGAUAGGACAGGGAAUAUAAGAUUGAGAAAGAUGCUCUUUGGAUAAGAGCCACGCAUUUGCUCAGCACAUGUUAUUGUACAACAAGACGGGCGACUGUUAUAAGAAAAAAGCUUAGCAUCUAUAAGCAGCCAAGCAAAAAACGUAUCUUGUC